GCUUACCAGCUGACUUCCUGCUGCUGCACUGCCCCAGGGAAGGGAUGGCUGCUGUUACUGGCUUGCUGGAGUGGGUUUUUGCCCUGUACUUCCUCACUCACAUUCCCAUCACUUUACUGAUAGACCUGCAAGCGCUUGUACCUGGGGCUGGCAUCCACCCGCAGAGUCUGACGGAGUUGUUAAAAUGGUACGCAGUUACCUUUAAAGAUCCCAUGAUGCUGGAGCCCCCUGCAUGGUUUAAGUCGUUUGUAUAUUGUGAAGCCUUCUUACAAAUGCCUUUCUUUCCCAUUGCAGCUUAUGCAUUCUUAAAAGGUGGCUGCAAAUGGAUACGGACUCCAGCAAUUAUCUACUCCAGUCAUGUCGCUACAACUGUAUUUCCUAUCCUUGCACACAUCCUGUUUCACGAUUUCUCCGCGUCCAAGCAUCAGGGUCCAGAGACACAGCAGGAACGCCUUGCUCUCUUAGCCAUCUAUGUGCCGUAUUUGCUGAUUCCAGUUCUGAUCCUAUUUACCAUGUUGUACAGCCCCCAAUACAACCAGGUGGAGAAAAGGAAAAAGAACUAGUGGGGAAUCGAAACAGCCUAAACAUCUAGCCCCAUCUGUUCUCUGAAUCUAGUCCGUCCAGGUCCUGUGGGAUAAGUGCCCAUCUAGUGCAGUCUGCUGCCCCAAUUCACACCGGUAUGAGUCCCAAAUAGAAGGCUUGAAUUGGCUGGAAGUCCCUGCUCUUCCCAAAACAAGUAGCCAUUCCCCCUGCUGCUGUGGCUAGAGGGACCUAACUUCUCUGGGGCUGGCAAACGGGUGUUUUUCAUCAGUGCGAACAAAACAAAGAAGUAAAGCCUUUGACGUACAAUACUGAAACGAGAGCAUUGCGCUUGCGUUCUGCCUCCCUUUCAGCUGCUCUCCUCUCAUGGUAAAUAUACCUGUGUGAGAAACCACGGAUCCCCCGUCUGUUUAAAAAUAAGACACACCAGAGGCUGCAUAAUUGUGCAGUGUUAUGACUUAAUUAACUACAGGCAGCUGGAGAGCAGAGAGAGUUUGUGAGGGAGGAGGGUGUUAUUCUGUAUUAUUUUUAUUAGACAUAAAAACAGGGUCUGGUUCUGCCCUCAGAUACAUAUGCACGCUCCCAUUGGCUUAGGUAUGGCCGGGGGCAGAAACUGGCCCAUGAAAGUUAAGAGUCUGAUGGAAUAUAUGUUAAUGCAACCACGUCACCUAGUUGUGUAAGUCUUAAGAUUUCAUAACUUUGAACUUGUGAGCCAAAACUCUUGCCACUUUGUUAUGUAUGUUUGAUUUUGUGCCUGGCCACGUUGGAUCCAAGCCCUCAAGCACCCCCUUAGAUACCAUUGCCUACCAUCUGGAAUGACACUAUGAUCCUUUUUUAAAGAGUCUGCAUGUGCCAGCUCCAUUUUUGAUUAUGGACUCGAAUCACUAGUUCGAGUAGAUUUCAAGACCUGCCUGAUUUCUGAAUGCUAAAAUGUAACCUACUUUGACAUACAUCUGCUUUUUUGUACAGCACCUUUCUUCCCAAAGGGCCCUAAAGUCUUUUCCUAAUUGUGUAUGAGCAGGGAUCAUUUCACCCGCUUCUGACCUGCAGCAUCCCUCCCAGCAGUCCUGGGUUUUGUGGGGCUAGCCUGCUUUGACCCCAAGCCCAUCUCAGUUGAAGUGAACAUUUCCCCCAUUCAGGACUGCCUGGGGAGGGGCAGGUUUCAGAGUAACAGCCGUGUUAGUCUGUAUUUGCAAAAAGAAAAGGAGGACUUGUGGCACCUUAGAGACUAACCAAUUUAUUUGAGCAUGAGCUUUCGUGAGCUACAGCUCACUUCAUCAGUUUGCCCUGGGGCCCCCGUUUGAGAGGGCCCCCCGUUUGAGAGGGCCCCCAAACCUAGUGGUGCUGUGACCUGGUGCAGGGCAUUGCAGCGUGACUUAGGUUUGGCCUGUCCCCCACCUUUCAUUUCCAUCUACGGAGGGGCAGAUGGGCCAAACCUGAGUGGCACUGCGUCCUCCUUUUCGCCACUUGAAAUGCUGAGGUAAGCUGCAGCCGCACCUGGGAUGAAAUGCACAAAUGCAGCCCAGUUUGACACAGACUGACAAGCGGGCUGGUCUUCUGUUCCAAAUCUCUUCCAAAAGGUUGAGCAUUAGCCUUGAAAUGGUGGUAACAUCAGUUGUUCAUGACGUCAAGGACUAUUCUGUCAGCCGCGUGCCAGGGUCUAAAUUACAAAGGCCGACAGUUUCAUGCCUGGUUGCCUAAAGGUAGGUGUACAACUCCACAUCUAAGCACUUAAUAAGCAGCCUGACUUCUGUAUCAGGUGCUGAGCACCUGCAACUUCUGUUGACCCUAACACAGAGGUGGGCAAGCUACGGCCCGUGGGACCAUCCUGCCUGUCCCCUGAGUUCCCGGCCAGAGAGGCUAGCCCCUGGCCCGUCCCCUGAGUUCCCGGCCAGAGAGGCUAGCCCCUGGCCCAUCCCCUCCCCUGCAGCCUCAGCGUGAUGUGAUGCCAAUGCUCUGGCCCACUGCUCCUGCCGGGCAGGGCAGGGCCAUGGUGUGGCUGCAAGCUUCUGCCACUCUGAGGGGCGUGGUAAGGAGGCGGAGAGUCGGAUAAGGGGCAGAGGGUGGUUGAAUGGAGCAGAGGUUCAGGGGCAGGGUGGUCAGGAGACAGGGGGGUUGGAUGGGUCAGGAGUUCUGAGGGGUGCAGUCAUGGGGUGGGAAGUAGGUUGGGCCAGGCUGUUUGGGGAAGCACAGUUUUCCCUACCCCGUCCUCCAUAAAGUUUCACAACUCGGAUGUGGCCAUUGGGCCAAAAAGUUCGCCCAUCCCUGUCUUAACAGGAUUUGUGGGUGCUCAGCUCUUCUGGAAAUCAGGCCAUUCGUACUCGUAUCUAAAUGUUGCUUUUGGAACCUAGCUUUAGGCAUCCAUUGUCUAAAUCUGUUUACCGUUAACAUCUGCUCAUGCCGCAAAGACUUCAGGCUGGCAGCUUAGAGCACUGUUAAAUUCCCAGGAACCUGCUGUUCUGAAUGUGAGUCUGUGAGCCUCAGGCAUAAUCUGUCUUGAAUUCUGCUGUAUGUUUUCCAGUUUGGGAUUGUCGUGGGUGGGUUCGGUUAGUCACAAACUUGCCUUUGUGUGUAUUUUUUUUUUUUUUUUACUGGACAGCAAUUCUCUUCUGUCAGUCCAAAUAAAAACAAGCUAUUGGUCCUUCUUAAUAA